AUGUCUGCCGACACGGUGUCUACGCUGUUUCCCGGUCGACCGAUACGGCCCUUGCCGAAGAGACCGUUGCGGGAACGCCUCUCGGCCGAAGUCGCCAGCUCGAUCCAGUAUCCUCGAGUCCCGCAGACCGUUCACCCGCUCUUCUCAUACCCCUGCCCACCGGUAGAUGCUCAAGCGUCUCAGUUGUCCGGGCUCACCGGCGAGCCUGGCCAACAGUCACGAGCUGGAACCGGAGCAGAUGAUGCUUCGAUCAGGCGGGCAAACCGAGUGCCUCUCGACUCCACAAGCCGUCUCUCACGCCCCGUGGUCAAGACCGAGUUCAGCAGGCACGGAAUACCAUACCCUCCGAAUUCAGCGUCAUCUUCAGCCGAUGGAUACGACACCUUUGAGCACACCAACAACAAGAAAAAGCGCAAGAUUCCAUCAGCUGCCGAGAUGCUUUCGAAUGGAGCACAUCACAGCAGCGAGUCGCUUCCAAGCUCUGGUUCACUUGCUGUGCAGCCUUUGGACGCCCAUGACGAAGAACCGCCUGGGUGUACAACCUAUUAUGGACCUGGAUUCCGAGGAACGUACGGCAUGUGCAAUAUGUACAACGUGGCGGGGCCAGGUCGUGGCCGGUAUGGACGUCCGAGAAGCGGGCGGAGUCCGCUCCGGCCACUGCCGGAUACGAGUAACAGUUGGGUCGGGAGAGUCAAGGCACGUCCGGUGCAAUGGGGUGGCAAGCCACCAACCGAAAACACUGGCAUCAUUUCCAGUGCCAUUGCCAAUGCUGAGAAACUGCCCCCUCAUCAAGGCCGAGAAAACAUCAGUCUUCUGAACCAGCAACUGAAUACGAAACGGACUCCAGCAACCAGCCAGUUCACAUUCACUUGUGGUUCGGCAGUAACGGCUUGGCCCGGCCGAGUGAUGCCACAACAGUCUAUGAACAUUCGUCCACCUCUGGUGAACGGCGUCCGUGGCACCCAGGUGUCUCAAACCGCCUACGCUCCAUCAACCCUGCCCCAGCCUGCGCAUGUUUUACCAAAAGACACGGCUGCCAAGUCAGCAGGCAACACCCAUGCACGACCGGUUGCCAAUCCCAAGCCCGCUCGCCGCAACGCUGCCACCGAGUACCUGGCCGCUGCCAGAGCACGCCGUCAGGAAAAGCAAGAAGAGAACAGACGGCAUCCCCCCAAACCCGAGGAUAUUUGGAUCUGCCACUUCUGCGAGUAUGAGGACAUCUUUGGACAUCCGCCCGAGGCUCUCAUCCGUCAGUAUGAGAUCAAGGACCGCAAGCAGCGGCAGCUGGAGCAGCGACGUCGAGCUCAAUGGGAGAGGAUGAAGAAGGGCAAGCACAAGGGAAAGAAGAACAGCAAGCUUCACAACAAGAACAAUAAUGCUGUACAAGAGCCUGCGGCCGUUGACAGCCAAGGGGCAUCCGACAGUCAGGGCACGCAGAGCGAGGAGAACUAUAACGACGACGAAGAGUGCGAGGAUAAGGAGUGUGAGGGCGAAGAUGCUGGGUAUCCCGACUGUCCCGCCGAGGUGCCUGGCCGCCGUCAGCAGUUCCCGAUCCGGCCUGGCGGCAACCAUGACAUACCGGGCACAUAA